AACAGGCUCUCGGUGGCCAUUAUGGUUUGGGGCUCAGCUUUGUGCACUGCUUACCAGGCCAUUCCUCAAGCAAACCCUCGGCACUGUGGUGCAGUCACCUGGGCACUGGCAUUUGGGCUUGGAUGUCUCCUGUCCAGGCUCUGAGGCACCCAGACUGAGUGGUUUUCUACUUGUAAGGUCUAACAAAACACCCCAGAGAGCAAUCUGGCUGCAGGCCGUGUCCCUGUUGGACCGAAGCUAGGCAUAGUGCUUCAAGGCAGAAGAUACUGUCUUGUGUCUCUGUCAGGCAUAAGGCCUUGACUUCCCCCCUACACAACUUCCCCUUCCUCACCCAAGCAGCAAAGAGUUUCCUCUGCUGUAGGGGUUGAAGUGAGCAGUCACGCAGGCAGCAGCACCUGUUUAACCCCUCAGGCUGCAUUAACCAAGACAUUGCCCAUGGAUGAGCUGGUACAUGACUUGGCCUCGGCCUUGGAGCAGACUUCGGAACAAAACAAGCUGGACGAGCUGUGGGAAGAGAUGGCUCUGAGCCCACGGCAGCAGCGGCGUCAGCUUAGGAAGAGGAGGGGUCGUAAACGGCGCUCGGACUUCACGCAUCAGGCGGAGCAUGCCUGCUGUUACAGUGAGGCCUCAGAGUCAAGCCUGGAUGAAGCCAUGAAGGAUUGUCGUGAGGUCCUGACUGCCAACUUCAGUGACUCGGAUGAUAUGGCAGUGGCCAAACGUCACCCUGCUCUGAGUGCCACCCUAAGAAGCAAGCAGCACUCUUGGCACGAGUCAGACUCCUUUACAGAGAAUGCACCUUGCCGACCCCUGAGACGUCGCCGGAAGGUCAAGCGCAUGACCUCAGAGGUGGCUACUAGCCUCCAGCAGAAACUCAGGGUAUCGGAGUGGAGUUAUGAGCGGGGCUGCAGGUUCAAGUCAGCUAAGAAGCAGCGCCUGUCGCGUUGGAAAGAGAAUGCCCCCUGGACAUCAUCCAGCCACAGCCUUUGCGAGUCAGCGGAGAACAGACCCUUCCUCAACAAAGGAGGAAGAAAGGAGAGGAUGGAAUGUGAGGCGGAUGAACAGAAACAAGGCUCCGAUGAAAACAUGUCUGAAUGUGAAACCAGCAGUGUAUGCAGCAGCAGUGACACUGGCCUCUUCACCAAUGAUGAAGGCCGCCAAGGAGAUGAUGAGCAGAGCGAUUGGUUCUACGAGGGAGAAUGUGUUCCAGGAUUCACCGUCCCCAACCUCCUGCCCAAGUGGGGAGCUGAUCACCGAUCCGAGGUGGAGCGAAUGGACUCUGGCCUGGACAAACUCUCAGACUCCACAUUCCUUUUGCCCUCACGGCCAGCUCAGAGGGGCUUUCAUGCCCGUCUGAACCGCCUUCCAGGAGCUGCUGCCCGUUGUCUCAGGAAGGGUCGGAGGAGGCUCGCUGGCAAGGAGACCAGCAUGAGUGCUCUGGGUACUGAGAGGAUAGGUCAUAUCGUUAAUGACCCACGCCAAAAAGAAAAGAACAAAGUACUGGCUACAGAUUUCCCUCAUGUUGCGGCCUGUGUACAUGAGUUCAAUCCAUUAUCUCCUCUCUACUCUCUGGAUGUUCUUGCUGAUGCAUCCCACCGAAGAUGCUCACCGGCACACUGCACUGCCAGACAAACAAACAUACAUCUGGGACCUCCUUGCUCAAGGGAUAUCAAGAGGAAACGAAAGCCAGCAGCAGCUACGGCCUCCAUUUCCAGUCUGACUUCAGCAACUUUACCUGUCCACAUGGAUGCAGCAGAUUCAGCCCUGCCAGCAACACAGUCCCAGAGGUCCCAGAGUUCUGACUGGACGGGUAGGACCCAGGCAGCUGAGAGAACCACUGCCAUGGCCUCUGCUAACUUUUUUAAAACACCGCAAGAGAAGAGCCCUGGAUACAGUUAAAUGGAGGCAUCUCUCCUCAUAAGAGCCUGUUGGAACUCUAAAAUGUUGGACUUUGACAUAUGUCAACAUCCAAACAUCUUGUUUGGCAAUAACCGUGUCUUCAGUGUUGGUGCGUGAUACGCGUUGUCGUUCAGACUGAGCUGCAUGCCCCACAUCCCCAAAACACGUUUGUAAAUCGGUGUAAAAAGUAACUGUUGAUGUUGGGACUGUGGCAGCUUUUUAAAAUGUUCCUGCUAUUGCUGUGAGUAUUUAUUACGUGCUCAUCUCCCAUCCAGCAUCUAUUAGCAUCUGCUGGGGCAUGUACAGAACCUUUUGGUUUUACAGACGUUGAACUUUCUUGUGCAGCUGGUUACUCCUGCGGGGCAUAUUAUUUGUUGCUGUAUUUAGCAUUUUUCAAGAGAAUCCACUUCAGGUCUGGGGAGGUAAAACUGUUUCCAGCAAGGACAGAAACAAAGGCCAGCAAGGAUCCAUGGUCAGAGAGGAAGAGGAGGGAGACAGAGAAUGCAAACCAGAUUUCAAAUGUGCAGCUUGAAUUCUGGAUUAAUAAAAUGUCCAGAAGCCUCUUGCUAAUGGACUUGAGUCAAGAUGGCUCUAAUGAAGCAGAUGUAUGGGUAUCUAUUCAGAAGUCCCCUUGGCUUACAAGCAGCAUGGCUUUUCAGAGCUGUUCCUCUCCCAUGUGUGGAGUGUCUUUAGUCUUGCCUCAGUAUUGUAUAUUCUUCCCCAUAUCUCCUGCUGGACAAGAGAUUGGCAGAACUCAUUAGACAUAAAUGAGCAGGCUAGUGUUAUGUGUGGGAUCAAGUGGCUCUAAAAUGUCCUGUAAGAAAUGCUUCUGUGGGAAGUGACAGAGGAAAUGCUAAUCUACCUUUUGGUGGAUGCUCAUUUUCAAAAGCUGCUGCAAGCAUCCCCCAGGACACUUGAAGUCAAAGUCCAGGUGCCACUGUACUGAAAGCCAUUUAAAGUAUUGGUUGAGUUCAAAACACUCUCUCUCUACAGACUGGACCAUUUCUUGUCUCAUUCUUCCUACUUUUUUCAGAAGGUACUGUUUUGCAGUGUGUAUUAGAAGGGUCUAUCUGUCUGUACUGGAUUGUAGUCCACUCUGCAAUAUAUAUAGGAGGAGGGUUCCCUCUAUCUCUGAUAGUAUUUCACUUUGCAGUAUUUAUAGGAGGGAUCCUCUUCUUCCCACAUCUCUUUCCCUUUAUCCCUAAUUGCCCUCUACCUUCCAGUGUAAAUGGGGGAUUUUUCCCUUUUUCUCAUUUCCUGUAUCUCUGAGCACGCUCUGCUUGUUUCUGCAUCUCUUGAAUGACCUGUCUGCAGCUUCACUUUGCUUUAUUUGAUAAUAUGCCUGUAUAACAUAUACAAAGGGGCUAUUACAGGCUCACUUGACAGCCCAAGUAGUUCUGUAGGCUCUUGAACAUUUUCACAUUGCUGGCAUUUGUCAGGAUGCAGCCUUCUACUUGUUGUGUGGGUGGAGCUUCAGCCAGAACCCUCUAUUUAAGUAUGUAAAUAAGUUUUAAAUGUAAGGGUACAGGGAGCACUUGUAUGUGUACAUUAUGGAUUUGCAUGUUUCACUUGCUUUGCAGUACUCUACUCUCAGUAUCCUAUAAAUCAGUUCACUGAGGGGUAGGUUUGAUUAUGAACCUAUAAGACAAUGUUUUAAUUGCUUUUAAUUUUUUUUUGGGGGGGGGGGGGGGGAUUAAAAUGUUAAAUGGUCAACUGUAAAACCACAUAAAUCUCCAUAUCUUACAUAACACAAAAAUAAAUUAUAGAGUCAAACAACAAUCUAAAUCACUGACAAAAUCAAUUCUGUUACAGAGGCAUUGUCUAGAUCUGCUCCAUAGAUACCUGGUUAUUCUUGGGGGGAGGCCCAAAUUGGAUUUGUAUUUUGCAGUCCAAGCAAGCUGUCAGUUCCGUCCAUGUAGAAAUCUUUCUCAAAAUGUCAUCGCUUUUUCUGUUACAUAUUGCAAAUGAAUUAGAACAGGAAAAGCCUUUUUUCCUCUGCUAAAGGAAUACAGAGGUGAAAGAUUAGUUUGGAUUAUCUAUGAGGAAACUGAAGGGCUUUGUGGAGAGAGAAAUAUUUAUGUUUUAAGUUAGGGUUUUUACAUAGCUUCAUUUUGCAUUUUGCAUCAGUACCAGCCUUAUUUGUGAUUCUUAACAAAUGAUAAGAUCCUAGGAAAAUAGGACUGGAAGGGACCUAAUGAGGUCAUUUAGCUCAGUUCUCUGCUCAAGGCAGGAGCAUUGCUGACUAAACGAUCUCAGCCAAGUGUCUGUCCAACAUACCUUUGAAAAUUUCCAAGGAUGGGGAUUCCACAACUUUUUUUUUUUAAGUAUCCUGUUCUGGUGCCUGACCAUCCUCAUAGUCAAAGGUCCUUGAAAUCUCCAACCUAAAUUUUUCUGUACUGCAGCUUCAGUCCUUAAAGUUCAGCCAGUUCUCCUAGACUCCUUUUCCCCUCAGACUUGCCUCCCAGGGGAUCCUGCCCACCAAUUCCCUGAGUUUGUUGAAGUCUGCUUUAUUGAAAUCCAGGGUCUUUCUUCUGCUGUUCUCCUUCCUUCCCCCUUUUAGGAUCAUUUCAUGUUCACUGUCAUCCAAGUUACAUUCCUUCUUGUUUGUGACCAGUCACUCUAGAAGAGUUUCCCUCUCUAGCUAGCUUCUCUACCAUCUACCUCUCUACCACCUGUAUCAAAAAGUUAUCCCCAGUAGACUCCAGGAAUUGAUGAUAAUUCUUCAUUAAUAAUAAGGCCUUUUAUUGUUUGGGAGCAAAAUAGGCAGUGAGUAAACUUUCUCCUGCUUCUAACUUGCUUCUUAGUUGUAGAAGCCAUUAUUAUAGUAGAAAGGGCCAUAAGAAACUGUGUUUGCAUAAUACAAAGGGGAGCAGAGAUAGGGGCUUUAUAUUGAAGAGUGAGGCAGGUGUGAUCAUUGGGAAUCUGACAGAUAAGACACGCUGCUGCCUCUCUGUUAGUAAUGCAGUGCCAGUUUGCAGGUGCACUGGAAUAGCUGUGUAGUUGUCACAAGCUACCAUAUUUCAGUCAUGCUUCCUACAUAAUUUUAUAAAGGCUUGUUUCCAUGAAUGUGUGCAUGCAUACUUUUUAGAACAAGCUGAAAGCAUGUCCAUGGCUGCCUCCUAAAGGAAAGUGAGAUCAGUGAUUUGGUACUAUGUGGCUAUCUUCUUGGCCUUCAUCAUAGUGGUGAACACCUUUAGAGCAACCCAGGGUGGCUGAUCUGUCUAAAAGCUCACUCAGGGGAAAGAAUGGACAAAUUUGGAUUAUUUAGUCUAGAAAAGAUGAAACUGAGGAAAGACUUGAUGACGGUCUUCUUCAAAUACAAAAAGAGUUGUUUAAAAAGGAGAUAGACAUAAUGGACGAUUAAUUUCUUCAGGGGACAGGACAAGGAGUAAUAGAUUUAAAUUGCAACAAAGGAGAUUUAGGUUGGGUAUUAGGAAGAAGUUUCUCGGUAUGAGGGUGGCUAAACACUGGAGUGGAUUACUUAGAUGAAGAUGUAUUCUCUCUGGAAUUCUCUUAUGUGCAGGUUAUAUGGACAUGUUUCUGGCUGAGAUGGAUAAAUCCUGUUGUGUGCAUGGAGAGCUGGACUAGAUAACCUUUUAAGGUCCCUUCCAGUCCUACUUUUCUUUGGUUCCUAAAAACAGGAAAAUGCUUAGAAACAAUUUAUUUCAGGAACUUAUUCAUAAAAAGCAUCAUCUAGUUCAGAGGCUUAGCAAUGGUGCAUAUGAUGUCUGUUUGUUAAGUUACUGAUUAGAUCUCAUCCAAGGCACUAGUAAUCAAACAAAUGGCCAUUUUUCCAGUCUUUGGUAGCUUUUAUGAAUAGCACUCAUGAUCUUUUUCUGUUCUUAAUUGUCCUGCAAACACAUGUCCCUUGUUGAGUGCUACCAAUAUGCUUGGUUCUGUAUGAGAUGCACUGGGCUGACAUCUCCUAUCUAGUAGAGUUUACAGUUUAAACUAGAAAAAGACUGUAGAUUAAAACAAAAACAUACAGUUUCCAUUGAUAGUAAUUACUACUAGGAUUAACAGCCUCAGAGGAUUCAAAAGAUUGAUUGAGGGGUGGGGAAUGGGUUGUACACUGGGAAUCAAAAGGAGUCUAUCCCAUUAUGUAGGAAGGGAGGUAAGGGGGCAAAAAGGCCUCUUGGCUGAACAGGGAACUCCAGGUGAUUCUGGGGGCAAAGAAAGAGAUGUAUAGGCAAUGGAAGCAGGGAGCAGCCACCAAGGAGGAAUAUAUCUCCCUGGUGCGCUGUUGCAAGGAAUCAGUUAGACAGGCCAAGGCGGGGCUUGAGCUCAGGCUGGCUUCAACAAUCAAGGACAAUAAAAAGUCCUUCUUCAGGUAUAUAGCGGGCAAAAGGAAAGCUCAGAGCAACAUAGGGCCCCUGCAGGACAAAUCAGGACAGUUAGUGGUUGACGCGGGGGGAAAAAAGCAGAACUCUUCAAUGAGUUCUUCGCUUCAGUAUUUCUAAGUACCAACCAAGCCAAUUCCUGCACCUCGAUCAUUGACGGAUGUCCACAUGGCACCAGUCCACCUACGGUUAGUUCUGAAAUAGUUAAGGAGCUCUUGGAGGAGCUGGAUGGGUACAAGUCAGCAGGCCCAGAUGACCUCCAUCCGCAGCUGCUGAAAGAAUUGGCCAGUGUCAUAGCUGAGCCACUGGCACAGCUGUUCGAGCACUCAUGGUGCUCCUGCCAGGUCCCUGAGGCCUGGAGAAGGGCCAGUGUGGUGCCCAUUUUCAAGAAAGGGAGAAGGGAUGAGCCAAGUAACUUUAGACCAGUCAGUCUUACCUCUAUUCCUGGGAAAAUGCUAGAGAAAAUAAUCAAAGAACACAUUUGUGCAGGCCCAGCAGGGGAAACGAUGCUGAGGGGAAACCAGCACAGGUUUGUCACGGGUAGAUCCUGCCUGACAAACCUUGUAGCAUUCUAUGACCAGGUCACACGCUGCCUGGAUGCGGGAGCUGAGGCUGAUGUCAUCUUCCUGGACUUUAGGAAGGCCUUUGACACAGUCUCACACCCUAGCCUCAUUGGGAAGCUAGCAAACUGUGGAGUGGAUGCCUACACGGUCAGGUGGGUGGCCAACUGGCUUAGGGACCGCACCCAGAGAGUGGUGGUGGAUGGUUCCUUCUCGGCCUGGAGGGAGGUGGGCAGUGGGGUCCCGCAGGGUUCAGUCCUCGGACUGAUAUUAUUUAAUAUCUUCAUCUGCGAUUUGGAUGAGGGUGUGGAGAGCACCCUCUCUAAGUUCACUGAUGAUACCAAGUUAUGGGGCAAAGUUAGUACACUGGAGGGCAGGGAGCAGAUUCAGGCCGACCUGGACAGGUUGUAUCAAUGGGCAGAGAGAAAUAGGAUGCAAUUUAAUAAAGAUAAAUGUAAGGUACUCCACCUGGGAAGGAGGAACUCCCAGCACACCUAUAAGUUGGGGAGUGUCCUUCUCAGCAGCUUGGAGGCAGAGGGGGAUCUUGGAGUCAUACUUGACUCCAAGAUGAACAUGAGCUGGCAGUAUAACAAGGCCAAUCGCACCUUGUCGUGCAUUAGCAGGUGCAUGACUAAUAGAUCAAAGGAGGUGAUGCUCCCCCUCUAUGCAGUACUGGUCAGGCUGCAGUUGGAGUACUGUGUCCAGUUUUGGGCGCCACGCUUCAAGAAGGACGCGGGGAAUCUGGAGAGGGUCCAGAGGAGGGCCACUCGCAUGAUUAGUGGCCUUUGUGAUGGACCCUGCAGGGGGAGGUUGAGAGAGCUGAAUCUCUUCAGCCUUCACAAGAGAUGACUGAGGGGAGAUCUUGUGGCUGCAUAUAAAUUUAUUAGGGGAGGUCAACGGGGAAUAGGGGACACGCUGUUUACUAAGGCGCCCCUGGGAGUGACUAGGAAUAACGGGUGUAAACUACUUGAGAGUGGAUUUAGGUUAGAUAUUAGGAGGACAUUUUUCACAGUAAGGAUGGCCAGGAUCUGGAAUGGGCUUCCAAAGAGAGGUGUUGCUAUCACCUAGCUUGGAGGUCUUCAAGAAGAGGCUAGAUAGUCACCUGGCUGGGGUCAUCUGACCUUGGUCCUCUUUCCUGCCAGGGGCAGGGGGUCGGAUAUGAUGAUUCAUUGUGGUCCCUUCCAACUCUACACUCUAUGAAUCUAUGAAUAACAUUACUGACUGGCCUUCACCCAGUGUAUAUGAAAACAGAUAUAGAUCCUCUGUGUUAUUUUUUUUCCAAGUAGAUUUUAAUUUUCUUCCCACAUUUUUAACUUCUACUUUAUUUCUUUCUCUCUUUUCUUUGUACCUGAACUCCCAUUUCAUAUCUCAUGGGUUAUCUCUUCCCAUUUCCAAAGCAUUAAUGAAGACAUUAAAUAAGGCUGGACAUUGCAGUCAUGCAUGUGGCUUUGCACUGAACUUCUUGGCCAGCUCACCAUGUUGCCUUUUAUCAUCUUUUUGGCCUUGUCUAUUGUAAGUCCAUGGGGCAGUGCAUCGGGUCAUUGCAAGUAACUCAGAUCAGUAGAGAGGUAAGUAUGUGAAAUUCCAUCAUAGACUCUACAGAGGAAGAUAGACUAGCUGAUCUAAUAUUUCCUUCUAAACUUAGAAUUUAUAAAGUUAUAGGGAAGAUAACUACCAGUCUUGCCAUACUGUGUGAAGAUAUGGUUUCUAUGAAAAGUGGGUAGCUAAAUGGGUAUUGGCUAGUAUGGAAAACAUCUAAGAGGCUAUAAUGAGGGAAGAUAAUGCUGCAUUGUCAAAGAUCUUCAAUCAUGGAAUCAGCACUUGAUGAAACUGGGAGAUGAGCAAGAAUUAGUUUGUGGACCUACAGAGGUUUUUUUGUUUUUGUUUUGAUGAUCUCUUAUUCGGACCAACUGUUUAGUUAGGGAAGAUGUUAAACAAUUUUUUAGGUUCAAAGUGCCCUUUUCAGAUCUGACUUCAACUUUGUGCAUAUAUGCCCUGAACAUAUAUCCCCUUACUCCAUCCCUAUUUAAAUCCAAUGGACUGGAGAUGAUGUGGUGGUAUAUGAUGAUGAGUGUGCCAUUGGAGUACCCAGUUACCCCUGGAUUAAAGAUUCCUUCAUGAUCAGGAUGUCUCCUUCUAGCUGAAUUGGGUGUUGCUGCACUCUUGGUUCUCUGCAGUAUUUGUUGCUGUAGUAAUUCAACUUCACUUGCUCUGUUAAAUUGUUAGCUCAGUUGUGUAGUCUGCAUGGAUGUUCCUCUAAAAACAAGAAGUAGGCAAUUGAUUGAUGGAUUUGUUUUUACCUUGAUAAUGUCAGCAGAUUGUAUACUUGUGACUUCCCUGCAUUGGUAUCCCCUGUGUUGAUUAUACUUUCUCCUGCAGUGCUGUAAAGGAAGCCUUCCUAUAAAAGUGCCAUGUUUGUGGCCCUGUUCUUAGUUUGACAGAGAAGGGAAGAUACUAGGCUCUCCCCUGUGGAACAGCCCUGCCGCAUUCCUCUGAGAGAAGACAAUGUGGGUAGAAAGAGUACUGUUUCCCUUGCUGGUGUGUUCUCAGCAAAUCAGAGAGCAAGUCCCUUGUAUAGCCCAGCCUUACAAUGUGCCAAAUUGCAUCUCUCUACAUGUUUUGAAAUAAAAGUGAAAUUCUUGAUGAUGGA